AUGGGAAUGGAAUGGGCUACCAAGAAUAUCAUACUCAGCAUCUGUACCCCUAUCACCAAAUACGGCCACCACCACCACCACCACCACCACCACCACCACCACCACCACCUCCGCCACCUGGAUACCAACCUCCGUACCCUGUGCAACAACCUUAUCCACCACCACAACCACAACCACCUACACCACCGCCUGGAUACCAACAUCCUUAUCCUAUGCCUCCUUAUCCUCCUCAGUACCCUUAUCCGUAUCCCCUUUACCCACAACCUCCCCGAGAACCAGAUCGUCCACCAGCUCCCAAACCUGAUCCAUGUCCUGUGA